CGUCCCUGUAAUUAAAAAAAAGUUGUCUUUGAAGAAGAAGAGAAAAUAUACACUCAAAACCAUAUUCAAGCCCAUUUGUAUGGCAUGCAGUUGCGGCUCUACCGUUCGGCCUUCAUCUCACAGCUACUACACCCCGCGACCACAAGUUUCUCCCACGGUGUUACGCAGCCCAUGUCCUAAGAUUGACAAGAGCGUCGCAAUGGCUAAGGAAUCAAUCAACCCAUUCCAAGAUUACAAGAACUCAAUGAACCAGAUGAUUGACGAGAGAGAUAUCGAAACAGAAGAUGAUCUGAAGCAGCUUCUUAGGUGUUUCUUGGACAUAAACCCUCCUCCUCAUCACAAUCUCAUCGUAAGGGCUUUUGUGGACAUCUGUUCACAUCUUCCGCCACCACACGACCGCCGUGGAAAGUCACUCGGAAGACUGCUUCGUCUUUAUGUCACUCUUGAUAAUAAUGAUGAUGUUUGACAUCAAACCUCUUCAUCUAAGACGAGAAACUGAUCGUCCUCAUGAAUAUAUGUUACACUAUUGUGAAUAAUUAAAUUUUACUUAAGAUAUCUAUUCAUAUCCAUGUUUUAUGAUUCAACCAUGGAAGACUAUGUGUGAAGCAUUAAAAAAAAAAAAAAUCAAAUGUGCACUAUGCAAGCUGUUUUGCGAC